ACACACAGCGACACACUCCACCGCCAGCCUGAGAAAGAAAAGCCAUGGACCCGACCGACAGCCCGUACGAGUACUACGACUACGAGGAGACCGACAACUCCACCAUGUGCGACUACUCCGAGUGGGCGCCGUCCUACUCGGUCAUCCCGGUGCUCUACAUGCUCAUCUUCAUCCUGGGCCUGUCCGGGAACGGCGUGGUCAUCUUCACCGUGUGGCGGGCACAGGGGAAGCGGCGGGCAGCCGACGUCUACAUCGGGAACCUGGCCCUGGCCGACCUGACCUUCGUGGUCACGCUGCCCCUGUGGGCGGUGUACACAGCCAUGGGCUACCACUGGCCCUUCGGGGUGGCCCUGUGCAAGAUCAGCAGCUACGUGGUGCUCCUCAACAUGUACGCCAGCGUCUUCCUCCUCACCUGCAUGAGCUUCGACCGCUACCUGGCCAUUGUCCACUCGCUGUCCAGCACCCAGCUGCGCACCCGAGGCCACAUGCGCGCCUCCCUCGCCGCCAUCUGGACGCUGUCGGGCCUCCUGGCUGCGCCCACCCUCCUCUUCCGCACGACCCGGCACGACCCGGACAGCAACCGCACGUCUUGCGCCAUGGACUUCGGCCUGGUGGUGACCAACAAGCGUCAGGAGGGCUUGUGGAUCGCCGGGCUGAGCAUUUCGUCAUCCGCCCUCGGGUUCCUGCUCCCCUUCCUGGCCAUGAUGGUGUGCUACGGCUUCAUCGGCUGCACCGUGACGCGCCACUUCAACACCCUGCGCAAGGAGGACCAGCGCAAGCGGCGGCUCCUGAAGAUCAUCACCACGCUGGUGGUGGUCUUCGCCGCCUGCUGGAUCCCCUUCCACGUAGUGAAAAGCGCCGACGCCCUCUCCUACCUGGACCUGUUCCCGGCCACCUGCGCUUUCCUGCACUCCCUGCUUCUGGCCCACCCGUACGCCACCUGCUUGGCGUACGUCAACAGCUGCCUGAACCCUUUACUCUACGCCUUCUUUGACCUGCGUUUCAGGUCGCAGUGCCUGUGCCUGCUCCACCUCAAGAAGUCCCUGCACGCCAGCCCCGCCAGCUCAUUGUCAUCCCAGAAGACGGAGGCGCAGUCUCUGGCCACCAAGGUCUAGCACACCUCGAGGACUCGAAUCAUCUCUCGGUGCUCAUUUCCUAGUUCUCGACUCCGUGGACUACAGACUUUGGAGAACUUUGAAGUAGACUACGUGGAAUGUAUCUGCAAAACAGCCCGGGGUCUCUCUUUAUUUCUUAUGUUUGGUGGACUUUGUCUCAAAUUUGCAACUGAAAAAUGCAAUAAUUAGUUUUUUUCAAGAUGUGGCAGAGAGUGGGGUUAAAAAUUAGAAGUACUGUUUCAAAUCCUGCACUCGUUGAAGUGAAAAAGUACCGACUGAAAUGUACAAAAGACGUUUGCGUGCAAAAUACUUUUCCUCUUUCAUUAUCUGACAUCACGUGUUGCUGUUUUUAAAAACAAAGAGCUAGCUAGAAUUGACGCUUCAAAACGUGCUCCCAUAGCCUUGCUAAUCUUGUGAACAGACUAACAAAACAUGCUGAGUUUAGCUAAGGAUCACAACGGAAAGAGCGUUUUACAUUUUUCGGCUAGUACAAGAGAACACAUUUGGCAAGAACUUUUUUUGUUAGUGCAGUUCUUGUAAAUCAGGCCAUGAAUGGGGAAUAUCUUGCUUCUCUGAAUCGGUUGCCCUUUCUUGUAAACGCUUUGUUGUUCCUCCGUGUUGCUGCUGUUCUCGUUUUUUUCCGUCGGCACAAUCUCAACCAAUCCAAAUCUCAACUACAUUUGAUUUUACCUCUCUAUUCACGUCUUUUUUCCCCACAUUGUGUCGUCAUCCAGACGUAGAAAAAAGCCCAUUUUGACAAAUGCUGCUUUCAAAUGUAGGGAGUGCAUACAAAAAGUCCUCACAAAAGAUGAUACCUUAAGUACAGUAGCCAAGUGUUUGUGCUUCACCUCGCCCCGCUUGAGGUGUGACAGCCUGCAGCGUGUGAUAGUGUGUCAGUAUGAUUUGGUGGACUCUGAUAAGCGGGGUAAAGAGAGACGGGGGUCUCGGGAUGCAAGGAGGGGUGGGAGGUCUAGACGGGCGGACAGAUGGCGGCUGACAAAUGUUUUCAGACUGCCAGGACUGGGAGCCCAAUUAAAAGGUGACUACUUUGACGGGCUGUGUGUGUGUGUGUGUGUGUGUGUGUGUGUGUGUGUGUGUGUGUGUGUGUGUGUGUGUGUGUGUGUGUGUGUGUGUGUGCUCGUGUGUUGUUAGCCUCGAUGCAUUUGUUUUCCUCGCAGAAACAUUGUGAUUUGCGUGCGUGUGCGUGUGCGUGUGUGUGUGUGUGUGUGUGUGUGUGUGUGUGUGAUGCUUGUCGAUGAUUU